UAGCAAGGGAUUGCUUCUCGAAGUGCUAGCAUACAUUAGGCUCGCAGGGCGCAGUCGAUUUUGCACAAGAAUGGAGAGCCGGAUAUUAUGCAUAUAUCAAAAGAGUCACCCAGGGCGAGGAGGGUACUUUUAACGCAGACAUUAUGCAUCGACAAAUCCUGGAUGAUAUGCUCACCACACCACGGUGGUCUCAUCUUGCAGAAGUCUGGGGGGAUACCGAUCGUAAAGAGCUUACAAUGAUUUGGCACAACUUGGACGUGUACCAGGACACCAUCCCUGGCCUGACGGAACUCAAACGUCAUGUCAAUAUCCUUGCUCUAUCAAAUGGAAACUUCAGAUUGCUUCUUGACCUGGCAAAGAACCAAGGCGUUCCCUGGGAUGGUAUCUUCUCGUCGGAAAAUUUCGGAUCCUACAAGCCUAAUAAACUGGUCUAUCUAUCAGCAGCAUACCACCUUUCUUUACCUCCUCACAAGAUAGCAAUGGUUGCUGCGCACAGGUUAGACCUCCUUGCUGCCGCCAGCGUCGGUUUCAAGACGAUAUACGUACCACGACCUACUGAAGAUUCGCGUGAAGUAAGGGAGAGUAUGCGUAGCAAGAAGGACGGUGGUGAAGUGGAUCUUGUGGUUAAAGAUUUUCACGAGCUGGCGAGGCUGAUGGGCGAAGCUCGACAAAGUUGAAGCCUGCGAUUUGUAUAUACUUUGUAAGUCCUUGACGUAUCCGUUAUCACUUGCCCAUGUAUAUGAAAGCUCUCUGUUCUUGUGGACCAAAUACAAGCAGCCAUAAUAUUUCUGGCGUCCCGACGUGCGCUGGCA